UCAGACUCUAUCAAGCUUUCUUCAGUUUUUACUAGUCAGUUAUAUUCAGUCUUCGCCAGCCUGCAAUAUUCAUCCUCUGUUAACCUGCAUAUUAACAGUAAACCUUUUCAUAAUAUGCAAGGGUGUGUUCUCGAAAAUCACUGCACUGUAUAAAACAGUGUUGUGCAAAGUGAAGAACAUACGUAUAGAAAAAUUAGGGUUACGUUCCGAGUACGGUACUACCGAAAUUUGACUAUUUUAGUACUCUUCCAGUAUCCAUAGGUCGGUCAGUGGUGCAAGCAUCAGAGGAACGAGAAGGCAGAAUACACUGGGGACACGAGGAUGUGAUGAACCUGGUGACCUAUGUUGGAGUACACUGGCAGGAGUUUGGCAAUGGAUCACGCAAAAAGAAAUUCAUCUGGAAGGAAAUUGCAUCAAAACUGGCACAUGACGGUUUUUCUGUCACAGGUGAUGACUGUGACCGGAAGUGGAGGAACUUGAAGAUUCGGUAUAUGGCAGUACUCGAAAAACAGCUAUCUGGUGAGAAAACUGGAUACCGAAUUGAUUACUUUGAUAACAUCCAUUCCUUCCUUAAAGAUGAUCCCGACACCAAGGCUUUUUUAGAACAAAGACGUGUCCAGCAAGAGUCAAAGGACUUAGGAAACCAUAAUGAUCUUGAUGAAGAAGACUUCUCAGAUAUUACUUCUGAUGGUCCUAUGGAAUGGACAGACAAGUCAGUACAGUUACUCCUUGACUUGUUAUUGGAAUUUAGAGAUUGGUUCACUGAUAAAGACCCAGACCGUAAUGACAGCACUAUUUGGGAGACAGUAUCAGACCAGAUGAAGAUGGAGGGACAUCAGCCAGGACCAGAGCAGUGCAAGAGGAAGUGGAUCAAUCUGGCAAUAGGCUUUCAGCAUCAUAAGGCUGAGGCAGAGGCCACAGGAUCGGUGCCGUUAUGGCCAUACUACACUCGGGUCAGGCACAUUAUGAAUGUUAUAGGACUUCCCACACCAGAUAUUGAAGCUAGAAAUAAAUUGAAACGAAGAAUAAGAUUUCCAGGUAAUAGCCCCAAGAAGAAGAGCCAAAGAUACUUCAAGCAAGAGAUUGAGGAUAUUGAUGACAAUUUAUUAGAAGAAUCAAUUGAAGAAGCUGUUGAUAAAAUAAAGCCAUCCACCUCAGAUGGAGCACCAGGAAGAUGUGUGAGAUUAACAGAAGUACCAAAUAGUGUCAUUUUACCAGGUGAGGUUAAAGAAGUAUGCCAAAGAUUAGAACGCUUAGAAAAAAAUGUUGCGAUACUCCAUAGACUUGAUCGCCUAGAAGCAAAGCUCGAUGAUGCAACACAGCAACAAGAAGCACAACAGCAAACUAAUUCAUUACUGACUCAGGUCUUAUCCGAAUUGUCACGCCUCAGUCGCACAUUGAGCACUCGAUACAGCCAUUCAGGACCAGGACAAGAUCAGACAGACUUAGGUGCAGGAAUCACAAUAGUAGUGCCUCAUUCACAACACUUAGAAUGAACUUUAUAUUGAAGUACAAAGUUUGAGAUCAAAUUGAUUGUAUUUUUAAGGGUAACUCUACUAGUUAUAAAUAUCUGAAAUUUGUUGUCUUCCGUUUUUAUAAGUUUGGUAAGUCUGGUGUAACAGGAACUAAUUUAAUUAAAUUUUUAGCAUGAUUUAUUUUGGGGGGAAUGCAAGAUGAAUGAGGAAAAUUAUGUACAUUGCGUAGCAUUUUGUCUAGAAAAAAUGUAGGAAUGAUGACCUGUCUCAGUGAAUAAAUUCAUGGAAAAUUCUAAAUCCACAAUAAUUAUGCAGUACUACACAGCAGAGGUGGAACAGAUGUGAGGAAAAAGAUAUAGCAGAAAGGAGACAGACACAUUGAUAUAGCAAACUAGUCAGUUAAGAGUGAGAGCAUUAAAGGUGUGGUGGUUAGAUAAGUAGGCAUCCUAAAUAAGCAAGACUAAUCAAUGAGUAAAGCUGUAGAACUCCAAAACAUUAUGAUGUUUUUAAUUCAUUUUGCUCCAUAGAAAAUUAAAAAAGAGCAGAUAAGUCAUGGUUGCAUAUAAGGAGUGUCACACCUUUUCAUUCCAUAUUAUUAUAUAUUUCACAUAUUUUUAUAAAUCAUUGUAAAAAACAUUAAAAUUUUUGGUUAAGAUUAGGCAAUUUUACUCUUAAAUGAAGAAUUUAAAAGGCUUUAUGAUUGAUUGUCUGAGUUUGAUUAAAUGUGAAGUACAGUAGGACCCCCAUAUCUGUGGGAAUAUGUUCCAAGAACUACCGGGGAUAGUAGCAAACACUAUAUAUGUCAUUUUUCAUUCACAUACGUACAUACCCAUGAUAAAGUUUAAUUGAUAAAUUAUGCAGAAUAAGUCUAGAAUUAGCACUUUUUCACUGACAGGAUGCAUUUCACAGCUUCUCUUAGUCUUUGAAGAACUGCUAGCAUCACUACUAUUGCACUUUAGGGCCAUUAUUAAGCAAAAUUAAGGGUUUUUUUGGGCCACGGUAAACAAUAGAUAACUGAAACUGCAGAUUCUGAAUCAGUGGAUAUGGGGGUUCUGCUGUAAUGAUUAAACCUUCAGAUAUAACAAACCAAGGCAGUUCAGUCUGAAAUUAGCAGGAAUUUAUGUCAUGCCUUAUGGAGUUACAAUUUUACAUUGGCACUGCUAAAUUCUUAUUUAUACAGUAUCUUUAAUGAACUAACAGAUUUUAUUGAAAGUACAAUAUUAGUAAUAAAUAUUCUGAAACUUUUAAAAAAUCAUAAAUAUUGCUAGUUUUUCAUAUACUUUCAGAUAUUUUUGUAAAUAACUGAACAAAAUACUGUACAUAUAUGCUUAAAAAUUGUUUUUAUACUAUACUGCAUUUAGGGAAAUGAAUUAAAGGAAAUUCUCAGUCCCUUAGUCAUUAUUGCUUUUAACUCUGUGAUUGAGUUGAUAAAAGUGCAAUUAGUAAGUGUCUGUAUGAGAGACACUGCAUCUCUGUAGAUUAGUUAAUUAACUAGGGCAGUUAGAGGUGAAUCUUAGCAAACAUUGAUUGAAAGAGUCAGAGAUCCCAGGAAUAACCAAGGGUAGUUCAGAAAUACAUGAAAAUCAGUCAGUUUGCUAAAAAUUUUAGAUACUCUUCUUACUAUUUUUUUUGCAAUCUAAAUGCCAAAACUUACAAGCAAUGACACUCAUGAAUGAGGCACUUAGGGAAAAAAUUGCAUCUUACAACAGCUGCCAUGUAAAUGUGGAACAUAAUUAUCUUUUUUUUAUUAUUUUCUAUACAAAAACUCCUUUGUAAGUUACUCUGUGUUAAGCACAUGGUGAAAGAAUGGAAUAAAUUGAAAGAGGAAGUGAUAAGUGUAAGUAAGUAAGUAAAUUUAUUCAGGUAUACACAAUACAGUUACAUAGAAUUAUCAUACAUAGCAGCAUAUGUGUAGAGAACCUAGGAUAACCCAAAAAAGUCAGACAGAGUGACUUAUUUCCAGUGCUUCAACCAUAAUGAAAAUAUCCUUCCUCCGUAAGCCAUGUGUGACAUAAGAGACAACUAAUAUGCUGGAAACAAGGAGCUAGUAACCUCCUCUCCUGUAUAAAUUACUAAAUGUAAAAGGAAGAAAAAUUUUAUGAUUUUCUUCCUGUUUGAGUCACCCUGCCUCAGUGGGAGAUGGCUGGUAUGUUGAAACAAAAAUGAUGAAAAUAUUACUGAUGACAGGAGACCACAGCUCUGCUUCUGAAACUACUAAUAGGUAAUUAACAGAAAAUCAACUUUUUUUUUUUUUUUUGUAAAUUAAAGACCUUCAGUAUCUUUUUAUUAAGCAUAUGUUUUUAAUAGUAAUCCAUUAAUGUAACUUUUGUAUAUUAUGGGGAAGCUCAAAGUCAGGGGGGAUUAGAGAUAUACACUAUGCUAAUAGAUAACUAAAGUGUUAUGAAGACUUGUGGGUUAUUAAUGAGCACUAUGAUAUUAUUUUAUCAUUUUGUUACUAGUCUUCAUUAUGUUGGUUUCAAUAAUUUCUCACUUAAGCUCAUAAUUUGCAUUCUGUCUCUUCUGGCAAUUUGUUCUUUGAGAUUUUAUGUUUUUUGGUGCCAUGUACUGUACUGUACUGACAUCAUAUUGAGAAAAUGUUCUGAGAGUUAAAAUUCUUAAUAAACUUGCCUUCUAUAUGAUUUUCAUGAAUUAUUUUAUUUAUUUUCUGAAGUAUAUUGAUGAGAGAAAAACCUACUACAGUAUAAAUUUGUUAUUCAUAAAGUGUUAUGUUCUGGGAAGUAUCAUGAAUACUAAAUCUAUGCAAGAUACUCAUGACUACAGGAUUAAUUAAGGAACAGAUAAACUGUUCAUAUUCAUAACAAAAUAAGUGAAAUAUACCUGUAAAGUAUUAACACUGUACAUUAUAUAUAAUGGGACUAUGACCCAUAGGGGUUUAGUGCUUCUCCCUUAUGAAUAGAAUAUAAUUAUUAUGUCCUUCAGUUAUUUAUUUGGCUAAUUCUCAUUUUCCAUUAUACAUUAUAGGAUUUUCAACACUUUUUUCAGGUAAUCUAGAUGAGAAUAUAUUGAACAUUUUUAUACCACUGUUUUUAUGCGAAUGACAUAUGAUGUUUAUGUCUGUGGAUGUGUGCUCAUGGAUGUGGCUAAUUUUUUUUUAAUGUUUCUUGUUUCCUGUGAGUCUAGUGGACUUACAAUCUUUGUUUUGCACUCUCUUUUGUCACCUUUCAAAUAAAU